AUGGCAUUGACUCUACCAGUGGAAGCUAGUGAGUUCUCUACAUAUGUACUUUCUAAAGUUUCCUGCGUCAACCACACCGUCAGGGUUUCAAUGGUCAACAUUCAGCAUCAAGUAUUGUUGCGCAGCAUCGGGCCAAACCCCAACCCCUUUGUGGUGAUUAGGCAGCUCAUGCGUUUGGGCCGGGUCCGUUUUGGAGAAGGAGGCAUGGGGAAACGCGUCAGGAGCGGAUCGGUGGUUUGA